AUGAUGGAUCAGAAGACAGCUCUCCACAGAUUCCAACACGGUGCAUUCCUCAUCAUUGCAGGUGUACCGCCGCAGACGGAAUUUGGGAUUGAUUGUAGCAAAUUUGCGAUUGCAGAGAAGUUUCGGGGUGUCAAGAUGAUCCCACCUGGACCACAUUUUGUCUACUGUGCUUCAGUGGGACCCUUCGGAGACACAGCCCCACGUGUGGGUUUCAUUCACUACUUCAGGGAGAGAGAGAUUGUGAUUCGAGAAUGGGAUCCUGCCACGGAAGAGCUGAGAACUCGCACCAAGGGGAAUGCUGAAAUGGAAAUUCAAUUCAUCCAGGAGAAUAUUCGGGAGAUUGAUGAAUUCCUAGCUCCGUAUGAUUACGAAAGCUUAGCGAAAUGGAACACAUUGACCAGCUACGUUACAGCUGAAAUUGUAUCAAAUCUAUCACCUACCUGUGGAAUCAUUCGCACGUGUACGGAUCUCCUUUCCUGCUCAGACAGCGAGAGACCCCGAGGGGGUGACACCCUUGGUGCUCAAGGCACAAGCCCAAAGAGUAAAAAAAUCGACUUACUCUUUGACGAAGACAGCCUACUGCCAAAUUUAAAGCCCGUUCCUGGAACAGCACCGAAUUUCACGGAACUCCCUCCUCGUUUUGCACCAGAAGCUUCUCCAUCUGAGAUUACAAGUAGUUUUAUGGAUUCAAUUGGUACGCUGGACAAACUGAUGGCAUCUUUUACAUCUCCGGAGACCCUUUUGGGAGAAAUUCAAUUCUCCUUUGCUCUCUUUGUGGGUGGAUGCUCAACAGAUGGGCUGGCCCAUUGGCGGAAAAUCCUUGGAAUCCUCUCCAAUACAGAGAUGGGUGUACAAAAGUACAGGCCGUUCUACAAAAAAUACCUGCAAUGCCUACAGUAUCAAGUACCCCACUUGCCUGUGGAAGUCAUGCAACCAUCGCCGGAAAAUUCCGUUUACCAAGAUGUGAGGAAGUUGGUAAAAAAUUGCCUCCUUGGAAAUCUUUCCGGAGACACUGAGAAUUUUUGCCGUUUUCUCGGAGACAGGAUGUUGUGGUCAUUCGAUGAUGUACUCGAAGAAGACCCAGAAGAUCUACCUGUUGUAGUGGAAUGUGCAUAGAAAAAAAAAUCAUCAUUGAAAAAAAAAAUAAAAAUUCA